AUGACGUACACGCGCAAACAAGUCAUCACAUGUGUUAGCCUUCUAUAUCUCCUUGUCGCAACAGCCCUCGCGGGCUACGCGGCAUCCCGCGCGAACGCCCGUUCCAUACCCAUCUCCGACACGCUGACGGCCUUUACCACAGCGCUGCCAAUAGUCUCUGGUCUGCUGCUUGAACUUGGCUAUGACCUGACGCGUCGCCACGAGCGUCGCCACCAGCUGUCGCGCGGCGAGAUCCAGCGCCCGCCCCUCGUCAUCGUUGCCAACACGCUCAUCUUCAUCUACUCGACCGUCGUCAUCACUCUAUCAGCCACCCAUGUCGCUCCGUCAUCCACGAUAGACUGCGGCCUGCGAGAGCGCUGGCAGAGACUCUUCAGGCACAAGGAUGCCACUGCCAUCCGCCAGAUCCAGGAUGCCUUCAAUUGCUGCGGCCUCGCCAAUUCACGUGACAUGGCAUGGCCUUUUCCAGACCGCACCCACAAUGCCCAUGCAUGUGAAACCACGUACAACGGCAGAACAAGCGGUUGCCUGGGCGCGUGGAAGGCCGAAGAGCAGAAGAUGGCAGGGUUAUUUAUGACUGUCGUGGCCAUGGUCUUUAUCUGGCAGUUUUCCAUCAUCGCCAUCCCUAUUCAAAAGAACUCGUGGCUGCACAGGGUUGCCCCGGCUCGUCUCUCUCGCAUGAUUGCUGAUGAGAGGAACGGGGAUGCAGAGCCCCGACGUGCAAUUGACUUUAUUCCUGCAUACAAUCGCUACUCGGAUCGCGUCGAAGAAGAGGCCGAAGAAGAUGGACAUGCGCCCAGCCGUGCGAUUGAGCAGGGAAGCCACCCGGCUUUUCCGGCAAACGUUGGACGCGAGCAGCAGCCGUCUGUGGAGAAUGAGUGGGCGAGGGGCUGACAUAUACAUCUGGAACUGUGACGAAUGACUCACUUUCAUAUCAGGAUUAAUAUCAAGAGGCUUUGCUGAGGCCAGGAACUGCAUCUGGAUCACGAUUCGGUACCUUGUACCCACGCAGGCCAAAAACAUCCGAUACCUGAAUUGGUCACAUGAUCAUAGUCAUGUGACCACAUAGAUAGCCGUGUCUCUUCCUCUGACUACAUGUACAUCGCAAUGCAUGCCAUGC